AUAGGAAUUAAGAUACGAUACUGAGUUAUGGGUUGCACUUUGUUGUCUUCCUGGUUGAUGAUAAACAACCCAAAACGACUGACAACAAAAUGUCGUUGUCUCUCCAAGUCCAAGUCCAAGUCCAGGUGAUCGGAGCCUCACCAGUCCUCCGCCGCCGCCGCCAUGAAAUGGAAAUGGAGACCCAGAGGUGUUCGUCGAUGGCCCACCUUAAGCAGCUCCACUCUCGAGCCAUCCGCCUCGGCCUCUCCUCCGACAACGACGCCAUGGGUCGUCUCAUCAAGUUCUGCGCCGUUUCUGAACACGGCGAUCUGAGUUAUGCCCUCCAACUGUUCGACCAAAUGCCCCAACCAGACGCCUUCAUUUACAACACCAUCAUGAGGGGCCUUUGCAGGAAAUCCCACUUCCCCAUGGACUGCCUCCUCUUUUAUCUCCGAAUGUUGCGCCGCUCCGUCUCCCCCAAUCGCUUCACUUUCCCUUCCGUGAUCGGCGCGUGUUGCCUCGCCAAUGCCGUCGAAGAAGGGAGACAAGUCCACGCUCACGUUCUCAAGUUCGGGUUCGGAGAAGACGGCUUCUGUCAGAACAGCUUGAUCCACAUGUACGUCGGCUGCGGGGCACUGGAUGAUGCGAGGAAGGUGUUCGAUGGAAUGCCUGCUCCGGACGUAGUGUCUUGGACCACUCUGAUUGCCGGCUACUCUCGGUGCGGGUCCGUCGACGAGGCGUUCCGUCUGUUUGAGUCGAUGCCUGAGGGCGAGAGGAGCUCUGUUUCUUGGAAUGCCAUGAUCGCGUCUUACGUCCAGAGCAAUCGCUUUCACGAGGCCUUUGCAUUGUUCCAGAGAAUGCGAGACGAGAAGGUGGAGUUGGACAAGUACUUGGCGGCGAGUAUGCUCUCUGCUUGCACCGGAUUAGGUGCUCUGAACCAAGGCAAGUGGAUACACAGAUACAUAGACGAAAGUGGAAUCGAAUUGGACUCCAAACUCGCGACGACAAUCAUCGACAUGUAUUGCAAAUGUGGCUGCUUGGAGAAGGCGUACCAAGUCUUCAAGGAGUUGCCCCGCAAAGACAAAGGGAUCUCGUCGUGGAAUUGCAUGAUUGGCGGGUUGGCGAUGCACGGGAAAGGCAAGGCAGCCAUCGAGCUCUUUGAGGAGAUGCAUGGACAGAGGGUGGCUCCUGACAACAUCACUUUUGUUAAUCUCCUCAGCGCUUGUGCUCACUCUGGGUUGGUCGAGGAGGGGCGCCAUUACUUCCGUCGAAUGACGGAAGCUCACGGAAUUGAGCCGAGAAAAGAGCAUUAUGGGUGCAUGGUUGAUUUGCUUGGAAGGGCUGGGAUGUUUGAGGAGGCGAAAGAGAUUGUAGGCAAUAUGCCAAUAAGCCCGGAUGCCGGGGUGUUGGGGGCUCUUCUCGGAGCUUGCAAAAUCCACAGGAACGUUGACUUGGGCGAGGAAAUUGGGGAAAGCGUAAUUGAACUUGAACCUAAUAACAGCGGGCGGUACGUGGUGUUAGCCAAUCUGUAUGCCAAUGCUGGGAGGUGGGAAGAUGUUGCCAAAGUGAGGAAGUUGAUGAAUGAUAGAGGGGUGAAAAAGGCCCCUGGCUUUUCCAUCAUUGAAUUCGAUGGCGUUGUGAGCGAGUUCAUUGCAGGAGGAAGGACUCAUCCCGAGUCUAAAGAGCUUUAUGCUAAAGUUGAUGAGAUAUUGGAGAGAAUAAGAGGUUUUGGGUAUGUUCCUGAUGUUGAUGGAGUUUUGCAUGAUCUUGAGGAGGAGGAGAAGGAGAACCCGUUGUACUAUCACAGCGAGAAGCUCGCAAUUGCGUUCGGCCUGUUGAAGACUAAACCGGGGGAGACCAUUCGCAUAUCGAAGAAUUUGCGGGUCUGCAAGGACUGUCACAACGCGAGCAAGCUCGUGUCUAAGGUUUUUGAGCGCGAGAUAAUCGUGAGGGACAGGAAUAGGUUUCACCAUUUUAGGAUGGGAGAAUGCUCUUGUCAAGAUUACUGGUAAUCAAUUUCAGGGAAUAUUCCUAUUUUAAAUGAUGUAAAGAAGAAAAAAAACAAACACAAAAACACUAUGCUUCGAUUCAAUCAAUUUAUACUUACUUAGAUGCCAUUAU